GACCAAAACAUCCGGCAACACCUGCAAUUAACACCAAAAUCAUGCCAGCUGAACACACCUAGUACUGGACCAUUUCUUCCUUGAGACAAGGAUAAAUCCCAAGUUACUAGAAGUGCCUUGGCUGCUAUAAGUAAGCAAUACUAUACAGAACACUCUCCACCGGAACCUUUCAUGUUAUACACGCCCUUCCAACAUUGACCACUGUUGAGUGAUUCAGUUCCAACUCCCCUUUUCCUUUCCCGAAACGGCACACCGCUGGGCGCUUUGUGUUCUAAGGAUAGCACGGAUAUCCGGACCGCAACCCCGUUGAAGUCGCUGCUGGUGAGCUUCCGAUAAAACCGAAAAUCCUAGCCAAUGAUGAUGAGGUCGAAGAGGUUUAUCUUUACACUUCUUUUACUCAUGUACGUACCGUGUUAUUGUCGUGAAGAACGGCGGUUACCCAUGUUGCAGGGUCAGUUCUCGACGCUCAUGUUGACUGAGGCGGUAUAAAUUGCAUCUGAGCAGGUUUCGUCUAGACAAACCUACCUGUCAUUCCUUACCCCGUUGACGACUUUACGACUCGAUGGCCUCGGCAGGGUUCCUGAUCUACUCAGGUGUAAUGCCUCUUAUCAAGACGUUUCUGGCGAUCUUCAUCGGUUAUAUCUUGGCACGCAAGGACUUGUUCCCUCCCGCAGCUUCCAAAGGGGCGUCACAGCUCUCGAUGAACGUGUCCCUCCCGCUACUCAUAUUCGCCAAUAUUGUACCGGCAUUUACACCUCAGAACAUCUCUGCCCUUGGUCCGCUAUUUCUGGUCGCUUUUGUGUACCAGAUCAUCGGAUUUUUGUUUGGUGUGUUUAUUCGAGAAAUCUUUUAUGUCCCUCGGAAUUUCUGGCAGGGAAUUCUUGUGUUGUCUGGGAUGAGUAACUGGGGUAACCUCCCUAAUGCUGUCGUUCUCGCGGUGACGCAGCAAGCGCCAUUCAACCCAAACACUGAUCCGGCAUUGGGCGUUUCAUUUGUAGCUAUAUUCAUCGUCUCGUAUCACUUGGUAUUUUGGGUAUGUGGCGCUGCGCAUUCACUUUCCUGGGAUUAUCUUCCUGGUAUUCCUCAAGGUGAGGAUGCGGAGCUUCAUGUUCCUUGGAAGCAAAAACCUCUCGGAUCUCUAUUUUACCGCUAUAUCCUCAAAGAACCGGUAUCUUCUCCACGGUCUCCAAUUAGAGACGACAUGAAAGAGGAAGUUCUUGUUGACGAGAAAGGGAAGGCGCAAGAUCUGGAAAUUACAAUGUCGGGCUCAACACCACACCUUGAUCGCCUCGAAAACGAUCCCGAUUAUCAACUCGCUCGUCGCACAUCCCGUAUGUCCGCUAUAUCCAGACAUACAUCCACGGGUCCACUACCAUCCUCCUCCCUUCCUCGCCCCGGUUUAUCUCUACCACCCCCAACUCGCCCAGCUACACCUCCUCUGCCUGUUGAACCCGAACCCUGUCAUAGACCCUCAUUUAUCCCUUCAACGAUCCACCGUAUAUUCCAUCCUCUUACCGCGGUCGUUACACCUAUUACUAUCUCCCUUGUGAUAUCACUUCCUAUUGCCCUGAUUCAACCACUCAAGGCUCUCUUUGUCGAUGUAUCGAACUUGGGAGGUCCCAAUUGGAAGGGUCCGGAUGGGCGACCUCCAUUGGCAUUUGUAAUUGACACUGCCGACUUCGUUGGCACUAUCGCCAUCCCUCUGGCUUUGAUUGUCCUCGGAGCCUCAUUUGCCCGUUUGGCCAUCCCGCGACCAUUUUCCCGUCUUCCCAUUCUAGCUAUGAUCGCAGUCGCUCUAGCGAAGAUGCUGGUCCUGCCCGUGAUUGGUGUAUUCACUGUACAAGCAAUGGUCAGAGGUGGACUUAUCAAUCAUGACUCUAAAGUUGAGAAGUUUGUCGCAAUGUUCUUGAGCGGCACUCCAGCAGCGGUCAAUCAACUCAUUGUCGCUAGUCUGUACUCACCGGAUGGUGAUGUUGACACACUCGCAGCGUUUCUUCUUGUGCAAUGUAAGUCAUCGGAGUUUAUCUCGACUUGUAAUCUUAUGAAAUAUGUCGACAGAUACAUUCAUGUUUUUCUCGUCAUCGGCCUUGACUGCCGUGGCAUUGCUGUUAUCAGCAUUUACGUUCGGCGAAUAUACCGCCACCUGUCAGACUAGACUGCAUGAUUUUACAGUUAUUUCGCAUAGCAUGUAUCCAUAGACAAAUAGAUUCCUCCACAGAAAUCGGAUCGAGGUCAGCCACUGAUCGACAGCUUGCAAAGGUCUCCCUCCCUCAUCCACCCUCUUCAAAUUAAUCCGAUACUUCCUCUGAUGUUCAAAUACGCGUACUUGAGAAAUCA